GAUUGCGCUUAAGUAUAGACAUAAUAUGUUUCUUUAAACGUUGACUAAAAUGUUGUCUGAAACCAAAGCUGAAGCACAACUUAAUGAACUAAUUGGUCCCGGAUUUACCGAUCGAUGGCUCAAAUGGAGAUCCAAAAGUGGUGACCAAAACGUUAACUCAUAUAUUAAGUACGAAUUGGACAAAUUGCUCGCUCAACACAACACUCAAAGACAAAACCCAAUCCUCGGAAGCGAUGAGUUAACUGCUGUUAAGAAGAAUUUACAAAAUCAAGGCAUUGAAGUCGACUAUGAAAUGAUUAAACAGAUUUGGUUUCCGUUAUUUCGGAUGAGUUUCUUGAGAUCUGCUUUAAACAGAGCCUAUGAUUGUCGCAAAGGAUUCUAUUUAUACCAACAGAACAUCGAAAGUGAUUUGAGUUGCGAUGAUAUCGUAUUAUUCUGGAGAAUACAGCGAAUGAUUGCCAUCACUUCCAACGCUUUGAGACAACAAGUGAUGAAUACUGAGGGCCGAAGACUUGAGAAAGAAAUCAAAGAGGUUUUAGACGAUUACAGUCAGGACUCCGAGAAGAAGACCAGUCUUUUAACCGGAAGAAGAGUCCAAUUGGCAGAAGAAUUGAAACGCGUUCGACAAAUACAGGAAAAAUUAGAAGAAUUUAUAGCUUUACUCAAUGAAGAGAAAUAGUUUUACUAAUUAUUAUUAUAUUUUUAUCAUUUAAUUGUAUUGGAAAUUAAUUAU